AUGAGAAAUAAUUUGAUUGUGUUUAUUUGUAUAACCUUGUAUUUAAUAUCAUCCAUAACGUCUGUGUUUAUAAAUAAAUAUGUGUUAAUGGAAAAUACUAUAGAUAGUGUUUUAUUAAUAUUUGUACAACAUAUAUCUUGUUUGAUGUUUAUGUUUUUUUUUAAAGAUAUAUUUUUUUUAAAAAAAGAAAGAGAUGAAAAAAAUAUUAAAGAAUAUAUUUUUUCUUUAUAUAAUGCAAUAAAAGAGUUAUGGCCUUUAAUUAUAACAUUUAAUUUUACAUUAGUUUUUGGGAAUAUAUGCUUAAAAUAUACAAACGUAUCUUUUUAUCAGCUAGCCAGAUCUAUGACCUUACCAUUCAAUUUUUUUUUUUCGUACUUUUUUUUUAAGCAAAUAAAAUUUAAUCUUUUAAUGAUAAUAUCAUGUAUUAUAGUGUCCAUAGGAUUUCUAAUUUUUUCUCUCGACGCGGUAAAUACCAAUUAUAAUUCUGUAUUAUACGGUACCAUCGUUUCAAUUAUUCAGGCUGUACACCUCAAUUUGAUAAAGGAGAAAUUAAUUAUAUACAAAGAUAAAAUGGUCAUGUUAUAUUACAAUUUAAUAUAUUCUUCAAUUAUCUUAUUUAUAUAUUUGUUUAUAACAAGAGAUAUACUUGUACUAGUGUAUUUGGAUAAGCGACUUACAUUCUAUCUUAUUUUAUCAU